GAGCGUUCUUGUUUCCGCCCGGACAUUUUAAAAGUGACGCACACAAAACCAUGGCGGCCAACAUAGAGCAAAUCUUCCAGGAUUUUAUUUUGAAAAAGAUCAGAGAAAUUGAGGAUCAAAGCGAAGACCCCGCCAGCGGUACAGAAGAGGGCAACAGGGGCGACGGCGAAGGGGCCAAGGCCGACGGGGCCCCCCUGGCCCCAGAGCAGCAGAGUUCCCCCCCAAAGAAACAGAAGAAGCACAAGAAACACAGGAGCAAGAAAAAGAAGAAGAAGAACCGGGGGGAGCGGAGCAGUUCAGAGUCUGGAACCGACCCGGAGAGGAACAGGAAACUGACAUCGUCGUCUGAAAAAAAGGAAGCAGGUGAGGAUCAUGGCGGCAAGUCUUCACGCCGCAAGCAGCACUCCACGCGGAAGAAGAAGAAGAAAAAGAAGAGAGGCAGCGACAGCUCGUCUGAUUCCGAUUCUGAAUUGGCGCUGAAGCAGGAGGCUUUUGAAAAAGGGCGGAGUUUAGCAGUGGCGCUGCCUGAUAUAAUCCCUAAACAGGAUAGCUUCAGCAAAGGCAAACGGAGCGAGGAACGCGUUGGGCGGAGCUCCCGUUCUCCAGCCAGCAUCUGUCCUCAGGUCCUGUCCUGCUCCCGGAAAAGGACUCCAGAGCCUCGGUCCAGAAGUGGCUCCCGGUCCGGGCCAGAGUGUCACCUGACCGGCUCUAGCUCCUCUGAGAAGAGGAAGGAACAGGACCUCCAGGGUUCCUCCGCGAGCCUCGAGCAGCUCCCGCCUGCUCACGAGAACGCCAAAGGAGCAGAAGAGGAGGGUUCUGGGAGGAGAACCGCAGAGCUGCCGGCGGUGGAGAAAGAAACAGAAAAGCAAGACUCAGAACGGGCUCCUGAGCCAGAGGCCCUUCAGUCCAGACCGCCUGAGAGCUCCAGGUCCAGUUCUAGCGCCGCCAAGCGUCAAACCAAGAAGAGGAGGAACCGGUCUCCACAGAGGAGCAGCGAAGGAGGAACUUCAAAGAGGCACAAAAAAUCCAGGUCGCCCCGCAGAGGGAGCAGGAAGAGAUCCAAGAGGAGGUCCAGAUCCAGGAGUCCAUCUGUCAGGAGGAGGUCCAGAUCCAAGAGUCCAUCAGGGAAAAGGAGGUCCAGAUCCAGGUCAGCGGAACGGAGGCGGCGUUCGCGCUCACGCAGUCGGCGGAGGGUCGGCUAUAGCCAGAGGGACCGCUGGAAACGCGAGCCGAGUCGCUCCCCCGUGGUCAUCCUCCGGAGAAACAGGUCCCCUGCGCACAAGGAACGGAGUUGCAGCAAGAGCCCCAAGCGGAUCAGUGAGCUGGAUAAGGAGCAGUUGUUAGAAAUUGCUAAAGCCAACGCCGCCGCCAUGUGUGUGAAGGCCGGGAUGCCGGUCCCCGCCAGCCUGAGGACCACGGCGCUCCCUCUGACUCUGCCCAGCGUGGCCAUGAACGCCGCCAUGGCCAGCAUGACGGCAGCCACGGUGACGGCCGCCCUGUCCAACAUGGGGACGCUGUCGUCCCUGCUGUCGCUGCAGUCCAUCGCCAACAGGCCGCAGAUGUUGGGGCCGGGCCAGUGCGCCGCCGCCGCUUUGGAGGAGGCAAAGAAGAAAGUGGCAAAGCAGGCGAACACCCUAAGCAUCAAGGAGUUUACAGACAAAUGCAGGAUGAUCGUGGACAGCUCCGGGGAGCUGCCGGUCGCGGUGCCCCACGUCUCUGACGAAGAGGACGAAACCAAACCUCUGGCAGCAAUUCGAGAGCAAAAAGUCAUCAACAUCAACAUUAACAACGCCACACUUCGUCCUACGGUACGCAGCGAUGCAGGAAUGGCCAAAGAGUUCCCGGUGUCUUCAGGGUCCCAACAUCGAAAGAAGGAGGGGGACGGGCUGAGCGCCUAUGGAGAGUGGGUUGAAGUGGAGCGAAAGACCGAAAAAGCCACAGCUGCCCCCAAAAAGCCCCCGGGAAAUGUUCCACCGGUGAAGUCCUCCUCAACGCCGGGAGAUCCGGCCGCCGUGCCACCGGACGCCGAGCAGGCAGCAAGAAGCGUGGAGAGCGACAGCGUGUUUCCUGAGAUACCUGCACAGCCAGUCGACAUCACUCAGGCUGUAGCCGAGAGGAUAAAGGCUCAGAAGAGGCUGGCCGAGAACCCCAACGACAUCAGCGCCAUGUGCAUGCUGAGCCGGGCUCAGGAGCAGGCGGCGGACGUGCGCUGGUAUCAGGCAGCGACGGUUCAGUGCCAAAGUCAACUGCUAAACGCGCGUCGCACGCCCGGUGUGACGGUAGCAGAUCAGAAAAGUCAAUCUCAGAUGGAUGCAUGGGCCCAAUCCAGCAGCGUUCCGGGUCUCUUCACCGGAUCCACGGGGGCCCAGGUCCUCAGCUCUGAGGAGCUGUCCAGCAGUGGACCUCAGGCGUGGCUGAAGAAGGACCAGUUCCUCCGGGCCGCGCCGGUGUCUGGCGGCGUGGGCGAGUUCCUGAUGAGGAAGAUGGGCUGGAAAACCGGAGAGGGUCUGGGAAGGAACCGCGAGGGCACCGUGGACCCGAUCGUCAUUGACUUCAAGGUGGACCGGAAAGGUCUGGUUGCUGAAGGAGAGAAACCUCAGAAGCAGACGGGGGGGCUGGUGGUUACCAAGGACCUGAUGGGGAAGCAUCCGGUGUCGGCUCUCAUCGAGUUGUGUAACAAACGGAGAAUCGUGCAGCCGGACUUCGUCUUGGUUCACCACAGCGGGCCGGACCACCGCAAGAACUUCCUGUUCAAGGUCACCGUAGACGGCGUGGACUUCCAGCCUCAGACUGCCAGUCCCAACAAGAAGCACGCCAAGGCCAUGGCCGCCACCGUGGCCCUGCAGGCUCUGGGCGAGGUGUCCGCCGAUGGACCGGGACUCUACACCGGCCCGGUCUUCACCGCCGCCUCCACCGGUCCGCUCUUCUCCACGUAAUCAUGGUGGCGAGGAGGGCGCGGCUCGGUUCUCUGGGUUCUGCGGGGGAGGGCGGAGCCACACAUUCCCCAUCACCCUUGUUUAGCUUUAGAUCCAUGAACGUGUGGAGAAGCAGCGGUUCUGACCAACAGGGGGCAGAGCUGAGCUGACCCAGAACUUCAGUGGACGCUGGGUUCUGAUGGGCGUCUGCCAAGCCGAGCCGGAUCCGUCCCGUGACCCAGAACCCUCAGCGGUUCAGGAGAUUUUCAGGAACUCUAGAGAGAGCUGAAAAACCCCUCAGAACCUGGAUUUGGUUUCGCCGUUCUAGACAGAAACUUUCUGUGGAGGAGAUCAUGCUGCCAGAGGACGCCGUUCAGGCGGUACAUCGUCCCGUUUGUCCAGGCUCCGCCCACUGACCGGAGAGAUCCCAGUGAAGGUUGUUUGUUCAUAUCAGUGUAAAAACUUUAUUCAAAGACAAAUAAAGAUUCUAUUUAUGUAAAACAA